UAAAAUAUGUUACUAGGUAGAACCUAGAUUCUUCAAGGAUUUUCUCAGACGCCACGCGGUGACACGACACCAUCAACUCUAUCUGCUCACCAUUAGUUGAGAGGAAGACAACAUGAAACUAGUUCACAUCGACUACAAGACGGUCACUGGAGAUGUCUUCACGCCGGAAGACUCGCCGAGACCCUCCGACCGCAAUCCAUCUCAAAGGUUCAAUUCGUUUUUCGACUACCCCGCUGAAGAACCUCACGCAAUAGUACCUUCUGGGAUCCCAUGCUCCUUCAAAAGAUGGUCCCCCUUAAUCCUACGUACCCGUGGACUUUCCUCAUCGGUUGUUCAGACUGUCACCCUUUCCUAUUUGCAACAGCACUUGCUGCUAGGACAUGCCAGGUCACUUCCUUCUUCCCAUUUAACCGGAAAUAAUAUCGACAAGGACGUCAUGACCUCUUUCGCCCACCUCCGAUUUCCUCCCGAAGGAAUCUUCAUGCGCGUACUCGCAUAUCCACCGAAAGAUGAAGCCCACGCGUUCCCGUUAUUCACAGCUAAGGGGGUUAUUGAUCAUCUAAUUUCCUUAGAAUGGACACACCGCACCCUUUCCAACUCACUAGAGCCCCAUAAGGAAAGACUCGACGUCUACGACCCAUCCGGACUCAGCCUAGAAUCAUUCGAGCUUGUCCGAAACGGCAGAGAAGACAUCGAGUUAAUAUUUGUGCCUUUUGACCAUCGCGCAAGUCUCUCACGUCGAUACCGCGUCUUCUGUCCCCCAGCCCGGUUUGCGUCGCAAUCCUACAUAUCGGCUAUUAGUCAAUACGACUGGCGUCGACCGUGGUUCCUCGCGAGCAAUAAUGGUCUGGAUAUGGCUAGAGCUGCGGAAAAGAUUACCCGCGAGUGUGACAAGCUCCGCGAGAUGAUUGUUGGGGAGCUUAAUCUGAAUAAUUGGAUGGACAAGGGUAUGCUCAGUCAAGGCUUUACUUUCGACGUCCUGUUUGAUGAAGAGAGGGAUGUGUUCCAGCUCAUUGAACUCGAUACGUUCGGUACUCGGUCAGCCUGCGGCUCAUGCCUUUUUCACUGGGAGGAUGAUGCGUACGUGCUCCACUUCCCCGGUAGCGGUACGGAAAACACGGAGUUCAGGGUCACGUAUUAAGGGAGUAGGGCGCUGGAUUCGACCAGUUGCUUCUGGUAGUUUCCUUAUAAGGGUCGUACGGCUUUGGCAUUUGCUUAAGGGAAAGAUACCCCUGAGAUUUCAUGGCGAUGAGUUUCACCCUAUAACUAAGAAAUAAGUGGGUAUCGCUGCCCCUAUUCGCUAGUUUUCGCGGUCUAUUCUAUAAGAGCUCUCAAUAGUAAUGCGCAGUCUUUCACCGGG